GGGCGCCACUACCGAUUGUAGGCAUCACUGCCUCUUGCACUAGUCCAGCGGGCGCCAUAUCCGUAGUUUCUUGAGCGCACGAGCAGGGAUCGCCUAGUGUUGUCGGCGCCAUUGGUCCGCUGCGGUGGAACGCGGUUCGCGCGCUGAAUGCGGAGCAGUUCCGCUGCGAGGUUGUGCGCUCCAGUGUGAGUCUAAUGCCAGAUUCCGCGCAAGGGUUGACUUUGGCGUUGACUUUCAUGAUCUUCGGGACUGAGGGUUGUCGUCGUGACUCCCGGAGACCGUCUUGGAUCUUGGAGUUGUCGGGAUUCUAGCGCGUGUGUUUGGUUUAAACUCUGGAGGUUGGCUCAGGCCGGGCUGUUGGGUAUCGGAGUCCGACGGCGGUCUUCACUUUUGGUCAAUUGCGCGUCAGGUUUGACUCUCGGGUUGACUCUCAUCCACAGCUUUCAGGAUACGAGUUUGACUUGAGGUUUCUGUGGACGAGUUCGACUUCGAUCACGUAUUUGUGUUGACGUCACUAACGUGGCAUUGGAGUUGAGUUGAUACCCGAGUUCGCCUUUGGUCAAGUUUGAGGCGGACACAAUUUUGACGAGGUGUAGUUGCGUGAGGAGAGGAGUGGGGGAGGGGGGGGGAGGAGAGACGGGGGGGGGGGGGGGGGGGGGGGGGGGGGGUGACGAAUCCGUAGAAGGGCGUUUGCUUUAUGAGUGACAAGCAGAGGACGGGUGAGAAAGCGGGGCGGGAAGGAGGAGGGGGUCCUCCACCCGAUCCCGAGCCUGAUCGGGAUAUCUUUGUCGUUUUGUUGGCGCUCAGAACCGCUACGAAGAUGGCCUCAAUGAUGCUCAAUGCUGCACAGAAGGGCCAGGAGAUGGUCGAGGGAGCGUCGAGGUAUGUCUCGAUGACUAUAGAGAGCAUUAUGCCUGAUCCCUUCAGCAGAUGGUUGACUCGAUUUCGGCAGAUGACUUAUUUUCAAUGGUUCCUGCUUGCUGUGAUGGGCCUGUUUUUGGCGGUAAUUACCCCCCCCGCUUUGAUCUUGUUAGGCUUGUUUUCCGCGGUGGCUCUGCCGGUGACUGCCGUCACUUCCCCCUUUUGGGGCCCUGUGGCUGUGGUGCUGUUGGCGCUCACUUUCCCUCUCUGGAGUCCUGCUUUGGCGGGAUUGGCUGUCUUUCAGUGGACGAAGGAGCGAUUGACCAAGCUGGAGGGUCACCUGCCUAAGCCCGCGAGAGGGGUGAUCGGCUGGUUCAGAGGCAUGAGUCGGAUGAAGCAGGGGUUGGCGCUCUUCGCCCUGGCCGCUGCCACCGUCCUCGGCAUCGGCGCGCUCCUGGUUGUCGGGACCCCCGUCGUCGUUAUUGGCGGGGGGCUGCUGCUCUUUUUCUCGCCUGUCAUUCUGUUGACGGCACCGCUGUGGAUUCCGGUCGUGCUCUUCUUCCUCGCCGUCGCCGCAGUGGUGUUGGGCGGCGGCGGCUUCCUCCUGGCCAUGGCGGUGAGCGCCUACUGGCUUUAUCGGUAUUACCGAGGGCCGAUGCCGCUUGGGGGAGAGUCGGUCUACAAGUUGCAACGUAAGAUGGGGGGGAUGCUGGACCGCACUAGGCAGACGAUCACGGGGAAGGCCGUUUAAGUUUUCCCAGACUGUUCGGCAGAAGACAGGGUAAUGCGGGCUGGCAUGCAUGAAAUAGGCGGGGUUGUGUUUCGGGACGGGAGAAUUACUGCGGCGCUGCACAGUGAUAUUCUGACCAGGAGGGUCGAAGGGUCUAAUAAAGGGGGGGUGUUGCUUAGGGGUCAAUGCGAAAGGAGUAAUGUCAAAGAUGGAGAGAAUUUGACAGGGGUUGACGAAGUUUAAAGGGGGGUUUGCCGCAGUGCGGCUGGACUCAACCGUCGCUGUGGGGUUGGCAGCCCCUGCAUCAGAUCCUGCUGACUUGUAUCGUCGUACACGUAACUCACCGACGCAGAUGACAAAUCGACCGACGCACGUGAGUCACCGACGCAGAUGACAAAUCGACCUACGCACGUAACGACCGACGCAGAUGACAAAACGACCGACGCAGAUGACAAAACGACCGACGCAGAUGACAAAUGGACCGACUCAGAUGACAAAUCGACCGACGCAGAUGACAAAUCGACCGCCGCAGAUGACAAACGGACAGUGACCGUAGACGGUCGAUUUUUUAGGGUGGGGGAAAAAAAUGGCUCUACAGCCUCUUCAGUCUAGACUGGGUAGGGAUUUGUGGUGGAGCGUGAAAUUGCCGUGAAUCUUGAUUUAAUGCCCGCAUGGUAGCGUCCGUACGUUUGACGCUCAAAGUCAGUCUGCGUCAAAGUCAGUCUGCGAUUAAGUCAGUCUGGUGUUAAUCUUACCGGUGGUUCAUUGGUUCAUAGUUGGUCAAGCAGUGUGGUCAACCGUGGAGAGCGUGAAUGUUGACGUUGAUGGCAGCAUGCUUAUCACGUCUUCUUAGACGUUUUAACUGUGAAUCUUCCUUGACGUUUAACUAGAGUUAAUCUGACGGGCGGGUUUUUAGUUCGGUAAAUUCAGUGUUGUUAGCCGUGGCGCUGUUUUACGGGUAUAGUGAGUCACACCUAUCGCAGUAAAGUUCUGCUAGCUAUGCAGCUCAGUGAAAAUGAAUUACCAUCAGGUGACGGUGUAGGUUAGCCAAGUUUCAGUGAGUAAGACUGAAGUGUUCGAAGCUCGGUGAAAAGAGGAUUAUCACCCGGUAGCGGUUUAGUUUUACUGUACAACGCAUUGCGAAACGUAACGGUAUAAGUGCGGUGAGUUUGUUGGUAAGGGCCUCACCGGUCAUCGAAGUAACUGGGGUAGAGAGCAUUCCACGUGACGGUCGGGCUUGUUGGUGCGGAGAGAAUUUGAUUAAUCGACUUCUCCUUGAUGAGGAGAUUGAGAAACGUGCGAUCGUAGAAGUCGUGCCUAUUGCAUGAAACUUGCUAAGAGUGCCGACGGUGGAGGAGAGGGAUGUUGCUGUGCAAAAAGUACCCGUGCAUGAAUCUUGACGGAAAUGCCGGCGAUGGAGGAGAUGGAUAUUGCUGUACAAAAUGUACUCGUGCAUGAAUCUUGACGGAAAUGCCGRCGAUGGAGGAGAUGGAUGUUGCUGUACAAAAUGUACCCGUGCAUGAAUCUUGACGGAAAUGCCGGCGAUGGAGGAGAUGGAUGUUGYUGUAGAAAAUGUACCCGUUGCGUUUUGGACGGGUGUGUGUUACAACUAUGGCGGCUUUAGAGGCUGACGAGGGAUGAUCGCCGGGCUUCAACAAUAUAGAGGGGUGCUCGAAGAAGCAAAAAUAGUGAUUAGAAAGGGGUCUUUUAAGUCGGAAUCGUCGGAGAUGUAAGUGGCUAAUAGCUACUGGCUGUUAAUAAUAAAAAAGUUGCUUCAUUCCUAAUGCGGAAAUUCUUGACUUCAAUAAGUAAUUUGUUGUUGCGUCUCUCUGGGAAGUUCCGGGAAAUGAAAGAUGGUAUCACUUUGCGGGAGUAGUAUAGUCAGUGGUGCUUCUGGCGAGUUUACAUCGGUCAGUCGUGCUUCUGGUGCACUGAGUUCACAUCUGAUUCGUGGACAAUCGGGCCGUUAAAGAAAUAAAUAAAAGAGUUUCGAUUGA